AUGUUCAGCAACAGAAGACCACGACCGUCAGAUAGCUUUUCAUCACGAUACGGAACCAGUAAAUCCACCAAGCCGAAGUCUUCAUUUCGGGAGCACUCCAUCACUCGAGGCAUCCACAGGUCGGAAUCUAUGAGGUCUACCAGAAGAGAACACAGCAGUCACACAAGUCCACCAGUCGGCAGCACUCUUACCUCUGCCAUCAUCACCAUCUGCGUCGGCCCUGAGCAGAGACUCUUUGCCAGUCAUGAAGAAGUCCUCUGUCGAUCCCCUUAUUUCGAAGCUGCUUGCAGAGGCCAAUUCUUCGACAACAAUGCAAGAAGAAUCAAUUUACCUGACGAACAGCCAGAGAUUCUGUCUGCUGUUCUCGAAUACCUCUACAAAGGAGAUUACUUCCCAAAGCUGGUUCACAAUAAGAGAAAAGAUACUUGGGAAUUAGAAGACGACGCGAAUACUACAAUCUAUCAUCAUGCUGCCAGACAGACUCUUAUGAGAGACACCGUCAUCUACUGCUCGGCUGAGCGAUAUGGGCUCGACGAAUUGAAACGCCUGGCCCUUCGCAAGCAAGGCUUGAGACAAGGCAUGCAAAUCUCCGUCAUUCUUGCCUCUGCACGCUUUGCUUACAACAACACUCCCGACUCCGACUCGAAGCUUCGAGCUCAAUAUCUCACGCUCAUCAUCCGCAGCCGUAACAAUUUCAAGAAGAGUGGCACCAUGAAGUAUGAGAUGGAGCAAGGCGGCGCCUUGUUCUUUGACCUCUUCGUCGCCAUGUGUAAUCAUAUGGUCAGUAACUCAACUCCUUAUCCCCUGACAAGCUUGAUACUUAAUGACUUUUAUCAGGAUGAUCUCAAAACUAUUCGGUCUCCAUUUUCAUCACCAUUCACUCGCUAG